UCGACAAGCGAGAAAGCAAGCCAGCCAGCCAGCCAGGCGAGAGUGCAAGGCAAACAAACACACACGCGCACACACACACACAUACACGCAGCGCUACGCACCGAAAGGCGUUUCUUGGACCUGGAUGGCGUCUACGGGGGUCCAGCUGCUGGGCUUGACCCUGUCCGUGCUGGGCUGGGCAGGGGCGAUCCUGGUGGCCGCCCUGCCCAUGUGGCAAGUCUCGGCGUUCAUCGAGGGUCACCUGGUGGUGGCGCAGACCACCUGGGAAGGCCUCUGGAUGGCCUGCGUGGUGCAAAGCACGGGGCAGAUGCAGUGCAAAGUCUUCGACUCCAUCCUGGCGCUCAGCCCGCAGAUCCAAGCCGGCCGGACUCUGAUGGUCAUCGGGGCGGUGCUGGGACUGGUGGCUUUGCUGGUGACGGUGGCCGGAGCUCAGUGCACCACCUGCUUGCGCGGGGCUAAAGUCAAGGACUGGAUCGCGGGCAUCGGAGGCGCCCUCUUCCUCGUCUGCGGCUUGCUGGUGCUGGUGCCUCCCUCCUGGUUCGCCAACACCAUCAUCAGCAACUUCUACGACCCCAACGUGGAGCCGUCCAAGAAGCGAGAGAUGGGCGCCGCGCUCUACCUGGGCUGGGCGGCCGCCACGCUUCUCCUGCUGGGCGGCGCGCUCAUCUGCGGGGCCUCGGCUUGGAAGGACGAGAGCGGCAGCUUCCCGGUCAAGUAUUCGGCCCCACGACGCUCCGCCGCCCCGGUCUCCAACGGAGGAGGAGGAGGAGAGUACGACAAGAAGAACUACGUCUGAGGACAGGCGGCCCCCGGCAGCGCCAGGGAUCGGUCCGCUUUAAGGGUUAUUAUUAUAUAUAUAUAUAUUUUUAAAGACCACCAUCCACCCGUCCCGGGGCCGAGGGGACGGCUGGGGAAACGUCCGAAGUCGCAGCCGGGAGAAGAGUUGGAGGAGAGGGAAUGGUUGGUCCUCGGAUGAAAGACCUUCUUCCUCGCUUUUGUGACUUUGGGGGGGUGGGUGGGUUGGAAACUAUCUGGGGGAACAACAACAGCAACAACGACCAAGGAAAAUUCCCACCCAAGACUGUCCCUUUGGCCUUGACAAUUCUUCUUCGCGUGGACUUCGAAUUGUACUAGCCCUCAUUGAGUCCCUGCGGAGUCCCUUGCUUGGCUCUCUUCAGCUGGGAAGCUCCUGGGGUAUUAUUCCACCUCUCCCUUUGUAAAAGUUAGUUUUUAGAUUAUUCCUAAGUAUUUUUUUUCAGGGGUUGGGGGGGAUCCAAAAAUCAGAGGACGUUGCUUGUCUGGGAUGGAGGGGGAAAGGGGGGGAUACUUAUCUUGUAAAUAGUAGAUGUGAUGUUGGGUUUUUUUUUUUUCAGUUUGGGGUGUAUUCUGCCGAGAUGAUCAGAGGGAGUUGUGUUUUUUGAGUAAUGUGAAGGUGUGAGAGGUGGGUACUUCUUCAGGGAGUCGUCAGCCCGCCCCAGUUUUUUUAUGGGAUUUUAUCGGGGUGGGGAUGUUCUCUUCUGUUUCUAAACUCCUCUUCUUUCCCUAUCGCGACUUUUAUUGUUAUUUUCUUCCUUCUCUCCUUCUCUUCUCUCACCGGGUGAAACAACCCUUGAACAAAAUUAGAAAUGACUUGGCAUUCAGAGCUGCCUAUUUUAAAUAGCAAUUUCUUACUUCGUGGCCGUCAUUAGACGGCCGUUUCUUUUACGGUUUCUCCUCUGAAGCAGGUUUUAUUCCAAGAAAGAAAGAAAAAAAAUAUCUGUCUUUUUGGUUGGUCUUCACCAGGUCAAUUUCAAAGUUUAAGGGGUUUGCCAUCUGUCUGUGUUCCAAUGCACUGCCUUGUUUUGAAAUGAUGUAAUUAUCAUCC